CGGGCGCGCGGGGCUGCUGGCGGAGCCGCACCGGCGGGUCGCGGACGCGGGGCUGGAUGCCGCGGAUCGGGAUGGAGGUAGAGAACUUAGAACCCAAAGAAGAUGUCAAGACGCAGUAGCCGUUUGCAAGCCAAGCAGCAGCAGCCAUUAUCAUGUCAAGAAGAGUCUCCACAAGAACUGCAGGCACCAGAACAUCUCCAGACCAGAAAAAGGAGAACGGCAGAGCAGGAGGUAAAGAAAAGAGAAGAUGGGAAAAUUGCUAAAAAGCAUCAAUAUGAGAUUAAGAGUUGUUGGCCACCCACGAUAACAGGAGGCAUCUCACCUUGCAUAAUUAUUGAAACUCCUCACAAAGAAUCAGUAACCUCGGAUUUCUCAAGAUUCAAAAAAUACAGGUUCAGAAACCUCUUCAUAAAUCCGUCACCUUUGCCAGAACUCAACUGGGGAAAUUCCAAAGAUGUCUGGUUGAACAUCCUGAAGAAGGAGAACAGAUACGCUCAUUGCAAACAUUUCACAUCACUACAUUCUAGUUUGCAACCUCACAUGAGAUCAAUACUGUUAGACUGGCUCUUAGAGGUAUGUGAGGUGUAUGCACUCCACAGGGAAACCUUCUACCUAGCUCAAGACUUUUUUGAUAGAUUCAUGUUGACACAAAAGAACAUUAACAAGAGCAUGCUUCAGCUUAUAGGAAUUACCUCAUUAUUCAUUGCCUCCAAACUUGAGGAGAUCUACGCUCCUAAAAUACAGGAAUUUGCUUACGUCACUGAUGGUGCUUGCAGUGAAGACGAUAUUGUAAGAAUGGAACUUAUUAUGUUAAAGGCUUUAAAAUGGGAACUCUGUCCAGUGACAGUUGUCUCUUGGCUGAACCUCUAUCUUCAAGUGGAUGCUUUGAAGGAUGUUCCGAAAGUGCUGCUACCUCAGUAUUCUCAGGAAAAAUUCAUUCAGAUUGCACAGCUGUUAGACCUGUGUAUUCUGGAUGUGAAUUCUUUGGACUUCCAGUACAGAACACUAGCUGCUGCAGCGCUCUGCCACUAUACCUCAGCUGAAGUAGUUAAGAAAGCUUCAGGCUUAGACUGGGAGAGCAUUUCAGAGUGCGUGGAAUGGAUGGUUCCCUUUGUGAGUGUGGCAAAAAAAGUCCCUGCGAAGCUGAAGAACUUUAAGAAGGUUGCAGCAGAAGAUCGACAUAAUAUCCAAACACACACAAGUUAUUUGGACAUGCUGGAAGAAGUUAACAGUGGAGUAGCAUCUACUGCCCCGGGUCAGUUAUCACCUGUGUCAACAGGAGGAAUAAUAACCCCUCCCAAAAGUACGGAGAAGAAAUGAAAUAUGGACAACAAACAUCAUGAACAGUUUUGGAAACAGGACUUGGUGCUUCAGAACAAGACCCCACUAAAGGUGACUCAUGCUCUUUAUGGCUAUUCAAGACUUGAGCAGAGAUGGAAAUUGAGACCAGUGUCCACCUACAGGCUUGGUAAAGAGUUAGAGCGAGCAUCUGUCACAGGAGCCCAGACUACUUUAGUCCAUUCUCAGACACGACUUAGUUCAACUCUGACCAUUCCUAACUUAACAGAUUUCAAGAACUGGUUAUAAAUGGCUGAGUGGCAAAGUUUGUCCACUCAAUCUACAUGUCAAACUUGCUUUAACUUUGGCUAGUCAUACAGAACUUAA